CAUCUCCUGUUUUUCUCAGUUUGUGGUCAACCUUCACUCAACACCAGGAUUGUUGGAGGACAGGCAGCUCCUCCAGGCAGCUGGCCCUGGCAGGUCAGUCUGCACACCUUUGACCACUUCUGUGGAGGAUCUCUGRUCAACGACCAGUGGGUGCUGACUGCGGCUCACUGUGUCGAAGGGCUGUCUCCUGCAGGCAGCUGGCCCUGGCAGGUCAGUCUGCACCUCUCCAGCCACUUCUGUGGAGGAUCUCUGGUCAACGACCAGUGGGUGCUGACUGCGGCUCACUGUGUCAGCGGGCUUAAUGGUAGGACAGUGACGGUGUAUCUGGGUCGUCAGAGUCAGCAGGGAUCCAACCCAAACCAAGUCUCUCGGACGGCAGCACAGAUAACUUCUCAUCCUAACUAUAAUGCUGCAUCUUCCAACAAUGACAUUGCUCUACUGAGGCUCUCUGCACCAGUCACUUUCACCAGUUACAUCUCCCCAGUCUGCCUAGCCGCCUCGGGCAGCAUUUUCUCCAGCGGGGUUGACUCCUGGAUCACUGGCUGGGGCAACAUUGGGAGUGGAGUUGCUCUUCCGUCUCCUCAAAACCUGAUGGAGGUGGAGGUGCCAGUUGUGGGGAACUCACAGUGCAAGUCUAGCUAUGGGGACAGCGCCAUUACUGACAACAUGAUGUGUGCCGGGUUACUAGAGGGAGGGAAGGACUCCUGUCAGGGGGAUUCAGGCGGCCCCAUGGUGAGCAAGCAGGGGAACCUCUGGAUUCAAUCAGGAAUUGUAAGUUUUGGAGAAGGAUGUGCUAAGCCAAAUUUCCCAGGAGUCUACACCAGAGUGUCCCAGUAUGAGAGCUGGAUCAACAGCGUUAUCAACACCAACCAGCCGGGCUUUAUCACCUUCAGUACAACUGCCAACCCUACAACGACCGUGCCAACAACGACUCUGACAACAACAACGACCGUGCCAACAACGACCGUGAAGACCCAAGAGCUGUGCAAGGACACCAGAAACAAAAUUGUAGGCCUGUACAAGACUGAAUCUGCAAUGAGCAAGCAGUUUGGUGUGAAGAAAUCAACGAUGGCUCCAGAAGAUCUCACCCUGUGGGGUCAAAAUGGUGUGGGCAAAAGUCCCAGAAUCACACAGGAGGAGCUGAAUGGCCUGCAGAAGGCUGGCACUAAUGUAACAAAGGCUACACAUGACAAACAUCCAAAACACAUCGUCAGGGCAACAAAGGAGUGGCUUCAUAAGAAGCAUUUCAAGGUCCUGGUGGCCUAG